AUGCGUCGUCUCAAUCCAGUCGGCAAGGGCAAGAGGCCCAAGUUUGAGCUUCACCUCAAAAUCUACGACCUCAACAAUGUCCCCUUGGUCUCGGGGUCCUCGUUCAUCAAGUGGCAUCUGGCGCACUCGAUGCAUGCUGAACAUCGAGGGCGCACAGCGAAAUGUCCGAUUGUGAACCAUCGCGUCGACUAUGCCUUCAGCAAGAUGAUUCCACAUAUCAGGAUAGCCAUCGACAAGAACAACCAGCUGGUCGAAUGUCCUAUCGAGCUUGAAAUCAUUCAAGAGUUUGCCGUGACGGAGAAGAUGACGCUGGGCGAAAUCAAGUUGAACCUGAGUGAGUAUGUCGAGGAAAGCGAGGCUCUGCUGAAGAACCCCUCCUCGGGGAGAGGCCGAUCAGGCAGCGUGAGCGUGAGCCCGCCCGCCACUACGGAUGGGGGCGAUGCGCCGGAAGGGAUCGUGAGGAGGUAUCUCAUGCAAGAGAGCAAAAUCAACAGCACUCUGCGCAUGAGCAUCUUGAUGGUCCAGGUGGAUGGCGAACGUAACUACACGACGCCUUCACUGAAACCUACAGCCACCUUUGGCGGCAUUGCAGGCGUCGUUGCCCACGAGCCGCAGGUUGCCGAGGACAUUGGACCUUCGCCGAGCAUAGCGAAGCCUAGAGACGCUGCCGAUAUCCACGACCUGUACAGGAAGACAUUGGCGGCAUCUUGGAUUAGACUGCCGUCAGAACUACCAGCCGACGAAUGCAUCGAGGAUAUCUUUGCUGGUGGCAAUGGCUGGCGAACCCAGCAAAACCAGCAAAUUUCAACGUCCAAUUCCAAUUCCAAUUCCAAUUCCAAUUCGGAUGACGAAGGGGACGGCGGUCAGGGCACACUCCGACCAAGCGAUCUUAGACGCUUUGGGAGGCAUCGUGGUCAGAAGACGACAACACACGGUAGCAAUACGACAUCUCACCGGCCCCACAACCCUUUCCACUCCCAUCGACGACAUGGCAGCGCCGCCAGUGAUAAGAGCACGGUGACGGUGACCGCGCAGCAGAAUGGCGUUCAUGAAGGACCCGCCAAGGUUGUCCGGUUACCACUCGCUGCUGUAGAUGCAGUGGAGGCGGAACUGGGACUCGAUCGGAGUGACAGUCAAAUGCCAACCAUGGAUAGCGAGCGCCCACGCUCGUCGUCCAAGACCGAGGGUGUCCACGCGAGUCACAUGAGGGAGAUGGGGGAGUCUGAUGUCCGAGAUGACCUGAUUGCAUGGAAACUACCGAACGGGGUGGCGUCGUAG